ACAGGGUGGGUAGCCCAGCUCACUAGAAAGUGCAAAAGAGAUGGAUUUAGGCUAAGAAUGAGUGCUGUGAGCAGUUUGUUUUUGUUCUCUCUGAAAGGCAAUAGAAAAGGUAAGUGUGUUUGCUUUAAGGUUUAAGCAGGGCAACAGUGCAUUAUGGGUGAGGGUGCAGGGAGAACUAUGCACAGUAAAUAAGUAACCGGGUACUUAUCAGGCACCUUCAGAGAGGCUGAGCGAGUACUGCAGGGGUUAAAGCAGGCAGGUUAGGACAGGGAGUGUCUCCUCACACUGUAAUGCUGCCUUCCCUGCUGUAGCUCCUACAGGCAAGCCCCGGGGAAUUGGCCAGGCUCCCUCUUACUCCAACAUGGGGGCACCCUUUUCUAGCAGGAGGAAAGGCAGUGCAGAGAAAUCUCAGCCAAAGAAGCCCGGCAGUGGCUCAGAUUCCGAGGUUAACUUCGACACACUCGAGGCGGCUACUCCGAUCCCAUCACCUGUAAAGGAGCCAGUUACAGAUUUAAAAGAAGAAAUCGUAUCUGAAUUAUCAGUGAAGGACAAUAACAAUACCUGCGGCGAUGGCCAUGAUACAAAGCCAGUACCAGGGCAAAGGAGCCGUUUUGAUCCAGAAGCCUUAAAGUGCCACUUGGAUUUUGACAGUUUUUCUGAUGGACCAGAAAUAAAUGGCAACGAUGGCCCUACAGAGGUCAACAGUAUCCCAGAAAACACUGUAAAUAAUCUCAUUGGUUGUGAAGCAGAAGAAUCAUCAGUGGAUGCACUGGAUUUGAUGUACAAUGAACAUAAAUUGAAGGACAGGCAGCCUCAAUUGCACACAGAAUCAAAUCAUUUGCUCCUGGAAGACAUCAAGAGCUCCAACUGCUACACGGAAGACUUGAACAGUAAUGAGCUACAGGGCAGUGCCAUUGUAUCAGAUGAAGUUUCUGGUACAGAAGGGACGGAAGAGGACAAUAAAGAACCUUCUCAAGAAAGGACAGAAUUAGAUGACAGGGAAAGAUCUAAAAAUUACAUGAAAAAAGAUCUGCCACAGAAAAACAGGAAACCAGGCAGCAGAUUGCCAUUCAGGAUACACAAGGAGAGUGCCAACAGCACCUCAAACCUAGAAACCAGCUCAGAGUUCCUUUCUUCAUCUACCUAUCCAGAUAAUCCCCCACUGCCCAAAUCAUCAUAUACCUUUGAUCCAAGUCACUUUGAUGACCCUAAUAACAACCCAUUUGGUGGAAAGUCCACCAUGCCUCCUUCCCCUACCAAUGUUGAUGAGGAAACCAGUGAUAAACUUAAGCCAUCUAAUGCCUUGUCAUGUCUCCACGAAUCUGACUCAAGGAAUGAAUAUGGAAGUGCCAAAUCAUCACCGAAGACGUCGAGAUCGUGUCUCAUUACGAACAGCUGCAAAGUGCAAAAUGAUGACAGCUCAUCGCUUGUACUUGAUGUUUGUGCACAGAUAAUUACAAAGGAGACUGAAGUGAAAGACUGGCAGUCAAAGUACGAGGAUAGUCACAUGGAGGUUUUGGAAAUGAGGAAGAUCGUUGCCGAAUAUGAAAAAACCAUUGCACAAAUGAUUGAGGAUGAGCAGAGAAGCAAAAUGGCCUCCCAAAAGAGCAUCCAGCAACUGACUAUGGAGAAGGACCAAGCCAUUUCUGAUCUGAACUCAGUGGAGAGAUCUCUCUCUGACUUCUUCAGACGAUACGAGAACCUCAAAGUCAUCUUAGAGGGCUUCAAGAAGAAUGAAGAAGUUCUCAAGAAAUGUGCCCAGGAUUAUCUGGCUCGGUUAAAGCAGGAGGAACAGAGAUACCAGGCUCUGAAACUGCAUGCUGAGGAGAAGUUGAACAAAGCCAGUGAAGAAAUUGCACAAGUGCGAACAAAGGCUAAAGCAGAGAGUGCAGCCCUUAGUGCAGGACUGAGGAAGGAGCAGAUGAAGAUAGAAUCACUGGAGAAAGCAUUGCAGCAAAAGAACCAGGAGAUUGAAGAGCUGACAAAGAUCUGUGAUGAGCUGAUUGCAAAGAUGGGACAAAGUGAAUGAGAGAAUGACCCGCAAUCAUAAUCCCUCCGUCUCUCUGCUGGCUAGACACAGCAUGGGAUAGGCCCCAAGCCUUGCCACUUGUACAGACAAUAAAAAAAACCUCCAGUUCUAUGAUAUUCCUUCUAAAUGCAUAAUGCCACCGGAAGCUUUCCAUUUACACACUGCAAGAGCUUCUCUUACAUUUUAUAACAAACGACAGCUGCACCUUGACAUUUUCAUUUGUGAGUUUAUGCUUCUUUCCCUGGUAUAGCUCUUCCUAUCUGCGGGGAAGCUUAUGUCUCACAUUUUACAUGUGCGUUCACUGGUCUACCUUGCGUGUUGCUAAUGAACCAUGCUAUUGUGAUUGGCUGUUAAAAACACUGUUCCCAGAAUCCCAAGAGGCACUCUACCAAUGCAUCAGAGGGAUAUGCUCUUCCACCUAUGCAGUAGGAGUUUUAAGUAAUUUUAUUGUCUUGCAGGUCAAGAGGACCAAGUGACAUAAAUAAGUACUAUACAACAUCCCCCAGUCAUUUCUCACUCCAUUAUAAAGAAUGCAUUAUAUGACCAAAUGCUGCUCAGGCAAAUUCAGCUAUAGCUGUAAACUGGGGAUUUUAUGCUUAGGAAGACCCAUCUCUCGCAUUUAAGGCAUGUAAGACGAAGCAGUUAGGGAACUAUAGAUAGGCCUUCAGUAGUAGCCUCCUUUAUCUGGAACACAGUUUGCUGCUCACACUUUGAAUAUUCCCCAAACAACAAAAGUUUUAUUGUGCAAUUUAAUUGUGCACAGAUACACAGCAUCAUUUCACCCUCUGAUGCACAGACCAAAGGAUCUGGUAAGAGGAGAUUAAAACUCUUGUUGUUGUGAUCCUAUUAGCUAAAGAUAUGAUACACUGGCUGGAGUUAUACAGUUCUACUGAAGAGUAUAGUUAGCCUGGCCAAAAAGGGGGAAAGGGCAACAUAUGAGCAAUUUACUAAUUGCGUUGGGGCACCAGGAAUCUGUAUUUAAAAUAAUAUGACUACUAUUAGUUGCAUGACUAUGAGAGUGAAACUUGGGUAAAUAUCAUGGUCAUCUGACAGUCAAAGAGUCAUAAUGCCCAUGUCAUAAUGUUUGUUGUAACAUGAGCAUGUCUUUAUGCAUAAAUUAACAACAUGCAUGGCAACUAUGAAAAUGAUCCAUCACAAAGAACCAAUCAUGGGAAUGACUAAGGGUGUGUCCUUCUAUUAUAAGAUUCAAAAAAGAGUUUGUGGGAGAGAAUAUAGCUGCCAGUCUGUAUCGGGCAGUGUGCUACUGGGAUAUUGCCCCAGUUUUCAAGGCUAAUAUAUACUUUACAAACAAUUAUAUCCCAAAUCUCAAAAUACAUUAAAAUCUUAUAUUAUAUCAAACCAGACCUGGUGUAGCCCAUGACACACAGCAGGCAGCAAAAGAAUUCUGGUUUAAAAAGUGACGAUGAAAGCUGCUUUUACACAUCAUUUUUAAAGAUUCAAUUUUUUCUUUCAGCAACAGUUUGCACAGUUUUAUAAUUAUGUGUCAUUUAAGGUGGGGUAAUAUGGUGUUAGAGUGGCAGUGUUUGGUAUAUUCUAAUGCUGUUACACAACUAUAAAUGUGUCCCUUAGAGGCCCAUUUAUCAAAGGUCGAAUUUCAAAUUCAUGUGAAUUUUUUUAAAUUAGAAUAUACUCACAAUUUGACUGGGAGGUUAUCAAAAAUUCGAAUUUACUAUUUGACUUUGAUAAAUCUGCCCCUUAGUGUGGUUGGAUGACUUCUUUAAUGCCUUGUGGAGGUCCAACCUUUGGUCAGGGCAUAUAAUAAGGUUUAGGAAAACACUGGUACAUAAGCGCUUGAAUCAUAGUUCCAGGAAUCUAAAUCUAAAAAAACAAAAUAUUGACUCCAUAUCUCAUCCUAACUGACCUUGAAGCUAGGUUCAGGUGGAUCUAGGUGAGCAAGUUGUGCUCCACCCCAUAGCUCACCCUUAGGGGCAUUCCAGCUAAGGCCCCUAGGGUAAUUAUAGGCUUUUCAACCAUCUUUACAGAAUAUAACUGGGAGACACAUGUCCAAAUAGAUAUUGCAAUUAACACAAACAAGCUUAUCAAACUAAAACAAAUGCAGAUUCUAUAUUCUUUCGUACACUAAUAUAUAUUGUGAUUCUAUUGUGAUUUAUUUUUGGAACAAUCACUUCGAAGUCAAAUGAACUAACACCGUUGUAUAAAUUGACAGCCAUGCCUUCCUAUCUAUGAAAUGAUGUUGCCAUUAUCUGGUUUUAUUUUGCCUUUAACUGUCGUGUAUUUUUAGAGUCAGGGACACCCAAAUGAAUUCACAGUGGCCCAAAAGGGUUAUGACGGAUUUUGCUGCUAUUCCUGCACGCAAAAGAAAAUA